AGAAAGGAAAAGGGAAGUUCCUCAAGUGUUCCAGGAGCUGCCUGAAUCGCUGCACCCAUUGUACACCAUUAAAAUGUGCCCGGAAAUGUGCUACACGUGUUCGGUUGAAACACAAAUGGGUCCUCGUACAGUGAACGGUGGAUUACAACGGCUGUAGUUACGGUAUUUACUUUGUGCUUCUCCGUGGCUUUCGUUCGAAAAAUGUUCACCAUUCGUCCUGUAAAUUCUUCCACUCGGCGCAAAUAUUAUUUCGACAUCGUUUGGGGGACCUGUAGUAGGGACAGCGUGAGGUCCAGGAUGCUCGGUGUCGUUAUCAAGACCGUGCUGUUGGUGUAUUCCCUUCAGCUGUUCGUCGACGCGACCGAUCAAACGUUCUGUAUACCAGAUUACUUCCGAUACGUGAAAAAUGUACAGUUGGGAAUCAGCGGUCGAAUCGAGAUACCAUCGCCGCCGGAGGGUGUACCUUUACAAAUCAGCACUAAAUUGAGCAUUGCUGUUGUAUUGCCCACGAAAUACGUCGGUCGAUUAGAAUUGGCACAGUCGAAAGAACAAUCGAUUAAAGCGAUCCAACAGGGCAGGCCCCUGAAGUACAAUAUUCAUUUUCCUCUUCCUCAACCGAUACCGAGCGUAACCGGAAUUUGGUUCAACAAUGUACUAAUGUGUACUGGUCCACGUGCAACCGGGCAGAUUGUUACCUCUAUCAUUCUGAACCACACGCUGUAUCCACCCGGCAUGUUGGCCGUUUCUCUGGAUGAUAGGAAUAUAAUAUCGAACUUACCAAAUAUAGUUGACACGCCGUUGCAAUAUGAUGACUUUCAACCAACACAAACACCAACACCUACUCGGCCUAAUCUACCUGUACGACCAUUCCCACCUGUUCGACCGAUUCCAACGGUUCAACCGACUCCAUCGGAUCAACCUACUUCAUCUGUUGAGUCUGAAUCACGUGUUCAACCUAAUCCGUCUGUGAUCGAUUAUCAAAUCACUCAACAGUGCGGUCGCAGCAACAGCACGAAAAUUAAUCGUCUGAUAGCAGGGGGUGUGAAAUCGAGCUCAGGUCAGUGGCCCUGGCUGGUUGCGAUUUACAUUAUCGAGUACAAAUACAAGUUGCAGUGUGCAGGAUCGCUCGUGACGAACACUCAUAUCAUUACAGCCGCACAUUGCUUCUAUCAAUCUGACCAGACAGCGAUACCGGCAGGCGCGAUGGCGGUGGCGCUGGGACGUUACCAACUUCUAAAUUUUCACGAGAAGGGUUCAGUGAACGCCGACGUGGCCGAAUACAGGAUUCACCCUGAUUAUAAAAGUCAGGUCACGUCGGAGUCGACGAUCAGCGCAGACUCGGAUCUGGCCGUUCUGGUUCUGCGGGAGAGAGUGGAAUACAGCGGGCUAAUUAAACCGAUUUGCCUUUGGUCAGGGCCUAUAGACUUGAGUUACGUUGUGGGAAAGGUGGGGACCGUGGUGGGUUGGGGACGCGACGAGAACGGGAACCAGUACCUUCAGGAACCUCGGAUGAUCAAUGCUCGAAUCGCAAGUCAGGAAACUUGUCUUCGAAGCCAGAGCAAGUUCGUGGACAUAACCUCGAGUCGAACGUUCUGCGCCGGCAUGAGGGACGGAAAUGGACCGUGCAAUGGUGACAGCGGAAGUGCUUUCAUGCUAUAUGAUUCGGAGACAGAUCGGUUUUACAUCCGAGGUGUCAUCUCAUUGUCUCUGUUGGACAAAAGCAUCAUGUCCUGUGACCUCAGACAGUUCGUCGUUUACGUGGACGUCGCGAAAUACUUGGACUGGAUAUACGAGCAAAUUUCUACGUAGACAUAUGAAUUAUGCAUUCGUUUGCAACUGUAAAUAUUAUAGUCUACUAGUUUUCGCACAUAAGUACCUUUAACUGUACAGAAGUCAUCGAAUAUCAAACUCAAUUGCCGAACAAUCGAUCCAUGACAUUUUUUUAUUUGUUUUUCGAUUCAAU